GUUUUGGAAUGACAUUACACACGCCAUUAUUUCAAAUGAUAUUCUUCCUUCUUUUCAAUAAAUAUGGAUAAAUCACAAGAAAAUCAUAUUUCUAGUUGACUCAAUAAUAGAAAAAAAUGUGUCUUACAUUGUGAUAUAUAUAAAUUGUCCAAUGAUGAAAAAAGAAGGGUGAAUUGUUUAAAAUUCAAUCCAGAAGACAGGCGGAAAAGAAGGUGAAAUUUGAAACUUUAUAGUGAAAUAUCUUGAUAAAUAAUGGUUUGUUCACAUUUUCAUUAUCAAAUUCGUGUUUUUCAGACAAAAAUACGUGAUUUGUAAGCCUCCUUAUCAAUGACGGACGAGAAUUCUUGGAGAACACCUGCAUUUAGGCAGAGUGUUGUAGCAAAAGUGGAUGAAGCAAUCCGUCAAUCUGGAAUGAAUACCUCAAGAAAUAGUCUUGAGAUGGAAAAUCAUGUCUUCCAGAAAGCAAAAACCAAAGAAGAAUAUCUAGGAUUUGUGGCCAGAUUGAUUCUUCAUGUGAGAGAAAUGAAACCGAAACAAGGCGGCGGAAUGUCGGGCGGCCCGACCCAGGGCGGCCCCGGCAUGCCCGACCCCAUCAACGCGCUGCAGAACCUCGCCAGCCAGGGCAGCCGCCAGCCCAUGAUGACGAUGGGCGGCCCGCAGCCUGGCCAGAUGGGCGGCGGCGGGCCGCAGCAGCAGGCGCCUGCCUCCAAUCUGCUGCAGACGCUGAACAGGGGCCCCGCCCAGCAGAUGAUGAUGGGCAAUAUGGGCGGCGGUAUGGGCGGGCCUUUGACCAUGCAGGACCGCCCCAACAUGGGCAUGCCGCCCAACGCCGGCCCCAUGGGCGGCAAUCAGAUGACCGUGCAGAUGGCCAACCAGAUCCGCCUACAGCAGAUGCAGUCGGGAGGCAUGGCGCAGAUGCCAGGCCACUUGGGCGGGCAGCUGCAGCCGCCCGGGCAGGGCCAGAUGGGCGGGCCGAUGGGCGGGCAGAUGCAGAUGGGCGGUGGGAUGGGCGGCCAGAUGCAGAACCAGAUGAUGGGCGGCAUGCCCCAAAUGGCCCAGCAAAAACCGCCGACGAUGAUGAUCAACCAGAUGAACGCAAACUUCCCGCGCAACGCCCCGCCUCCCCAAAUGUUCCAGCAGAGCCCGACGCCAUCUGCGCAAUCGCCGGCCGGCAUGGGGCAGCAGCAGCCGGUCGCCUCCCCCUCCCUCGCGCCUUCCCCGGGCAUGAUGCCGCGCUCGGUGGGCAUGGCGCCGAGCCCGGGCGGCUCUCUGAAUACGCCCGCCGGGCAGCCGGGUCAGAGCCCGGGCGGGGCGGCCAUGACCGACGAGCAGGCCUACAUGGAGAAGGUGCGCCAUCUGCGGAAGUACAUCGACCCGUUGCGCAAGAUGAUCACCAAGAUGGGGAACGAAGAUGUGGAGAAAAUGAGCAAGAUGAAGAAACUCCUAGAGAUCCUCUCCAAUCCCCAGCAGAGGAUGCCUCUGGAUACGCUGAUCAAGUGCGAGAUUGUCCUCGAGAAAAUCGAUUUCAGAAGAGCGGACAGCAGCGUUCCGUCGUCCAGCGCCCCCUUCAAGGAACCCCACGUCUUCCACACUUUGCUGGAUGCCGUCACGAAUAAUUUGCAUAAUCCUGUUAUCAAUCACACGUUACAUCGCACUUUCGGGCCUACCAUGGAUGCCCUUUUCGGACCCGAAAUCAAGUUGGUGCCACCGUUGAAGAAGGUGAAAAUCGAAGAACCCACCAGCGACAUCCCUGACGUCCUGCAAGGCGAGAUCGCCCGCCUGGACCAGCGCUUCAAGGUCUCGCUCGACUCGAACCAGCAGCCGGGCUCCAAGUCCAUCCAGCUCAUCUGCUGCCUCGACGAUAAGCACCUGCCCUGCGUGCCGCCCAUAUCCGUGGUGGUGCCCGAGGACUACCCGAGAAUAUCGCCCACAGUGCACACGGCACCGCACGAGUACAACGCGACGGAGUUUCUCUCGACGGUGCAGGGGGCGCUGAACGCCAGGGUGAAGAAGCUGCCAAAGCACUUUUCGGUGUCGCAGCUGCUGGACACUUGGGAGAUGAGCGUCCGGCAGGCGUCUCAGGGGUCCAGUAAGGCCGUCGAUACUUUUGCUUUGCUCAUGGGAUUGUAGUUUUUAAUAUUUUUAACUCUUCUAGAGUUUAUACUUUUAUAUGAAUAAUAAAUAAUGGAAUUU